CUAAGCCACUGCGGCGAAGACGUCAGUCAUCGCGGGAACCUUAGCUACACGCCAUCCUCCAUUGACUUUCGGUCACCAUCAGGGCCAGCUGCCCGUACUCUCUGCCCUGAAUUCCUUUUUGUAAACCUGCGUGCAGACCCAUCUCUAUGGAUCCCGAACCUGCUGAACCCGCGGCCGGCGUCGUCUGUGUUCCGUCCCAGCCGCCCAGUGCGCCUUCGGAACCGGAUGCCCAGGGUCUCAGCGUGGGUGGCGACUCAGGCAUCAUGAGCCAGGACCCCGAAGUGGAUAUGAAGGAGGUGGAGCUGAACGAGCUGGAGCCGGAGAAGCAGCCCAUGAACGCUGCGUCCGGGGCAGCCGUGGCGGGCGGCGGGGAGAAGAACGGCCUGGUGAAGAUCAAGGUGGCCGAAGACGACGCGGAGGCCGGAGCCAAGUUCACCGGCCUGUCCAAAGAGGAGCUGCUGAAGGUGGCGGGCACCCCGGGCUGGGUGCGCACCCGCUGGGCGCUGCUGCUGCUCUUCUGGCUCGGCUGGCUGGGCAUGCUGGCCGGCGCGGUGGUCAUCAUCGUCCGCGCGCCGCGCUGCCGGGAGCUGCCCGUGCAGCGCUGGUGGCACAAGGGCGCCCUCUACCGCGUCGGCGACGUGCAGGCCUUCGUGGGCCGCGACGCCCGAGGCCUGGCGGGUCUGAAGGACCGGCUGGACUAUCUGAGCUCGCUGAAGGUGGCUGGCCUGGUGCUCGGCCCGAUUCACAAGAACCAGAAGGACAAUGUCACUGGGACCAACUUGAAAGAGAUUGAUCCGGCUCUUGGCUCCCAGGAAGAUUUUGUCGACUUCCUGCAAAGUGCCAAGAAAAAGAGCAUUCAAGUGAUUUUGGACCUUACACCCAACUACCAGGGCCAGAACUCAUGGUUCCUCCCCUCUCAGGCUGACACUGUGGCCACCAAUGUGAAGGAAGCGCUGAGUUUUUGGCUGAAGGCUGGUGUGGAUGGGUUCCAGGUUAGGGAUGUAGGAUAUCUUACGGAUGCACCCUUACACUUGGCUGAGUGGCAGAAUAUUACCAAGAGCUUCAGUGAAGCUAGGCUCUUAAUUGCAGGGACCAACUCCUCCGAUCUGCAACAGAUUCUGAGCCUACUUGAAUCCACCAAGGAUCUGCUGUUGUCUAGCUCAUACCUUUCAAAUUCCAGUUUCACUGGGGAGCAUACAAAAUUCCUAGUCACCCAGUAUUUGAAUGCCACUGGUGGUCACUGGUGCAGCUGGAGUUUGUCUCAGGCAGGACUCCUGACAUCCUUUGUGCCCGCUCAACUCCUCCGGCUCUACCAAUUGCUGCUCUUCACCCUACCAGGGACCCCUAUUUUCAGCUAUGGGGAUGAGAUUGGCCUGCAGGCAGCUACCAUCCCAGGACAGCCUCUAGAGGCCCCAGUCAUGCUGUGGAAUGACUCUAGCCUCUCUGGCACCUCAGAGUCCAACAUGACAGUGAAGGGUCAGGAUAAAGACCCUGGCUCCCUCCUUUCCCUAUUCCGGAGGCUCAGUGGCCAGCGCGGUAAGGAGCGGUCUCUGUUGCACGGUGAUUUCCACGCACUCUCCUCCACAUCUGGGCUCUUCUCCUACAUCCGCCACUGGGACCAGAAUGAACGCUACCUGGUGGUGCUCAACUUUGAGGAUGGCAGCCUGUCGGCUGGGCUAGGGGCCUCCAACCUGCCUGCAGGCACCAGCCUGCCAGCCCAGGCUGACCUUCUGCUUAGUACCCAGCCAGGUCGGAAAGAGGACUCCUCCCUGGAGCUGAGGAGCCUGGUUCUGCACCCUCAUGAGGGACUGCUGCUGCGCUUCCCCUAUGUGGCCUGACCCGAGCUCCCUAGCACCUACCACCAUCUCCCCACCUCCUGUCUCCAGAGGCCUUUUGAGUUCUUUGGUUUUCUUCUUUUUUUAAAAAAACAAAACAAAAAAAACUUUUAUAGACUACACACUCCCCAAAUAGGGUAUUUUGCCUUAAAAUAAAGGUUGCUCCUUCCUGGUGA